GAACAAUAAAUAAAAUACUGCUAAAUUUCUACGGGGAAGGUAAAAUUAUUGUCAGUUACUGGCUGAAAGUUCCCAGAUUAGCUCUUUUGCUGGCAUUCAUUUCUAAUGUUAAUAGUAAUGGCUACCUGUCAUGCUUAACAGUUAUGUAUAGUGCCCUACCAAAUUCACGGUACGUUUUUAUAAAUUUCACGGUCAUAACAUUUUAAAAAUCAUAAAUUUCAUAAUUUCAGUUAUUUAAAUCUUAUAUUUCACGGUGGUGUAACAAAGUAUGAACAUGUAGUUAAAAACGGCAAAAUAUAAACAUUUAAAGCAGUGAAGUUAACAAAUGCAUGUGCCUAACAAAGCAGAUACGCUAAAAGAAAAUAAAACUGAAAUCCAGAGGAUCGCUCUGAUUGUUGCGUUUCUGUUAUUGUUAUUAUUUUUUUUAAAAACUGUUCUGGUUUUAAACGUCAUUGUAUGCAACAGUAACUCAUACUAUUCUGAAAUGCUGUUUUUCUUCAUUCCCUGUCUCUGCGGUGUAAAUACCUGUCCAUAUUUAGACACAGCACUCUCUGCAUCCACAGAGUUUGUUGGAAUUGACAGACAGCGGGGGGCGGGGCGGGUCUGUAACUGGACAAUAUAUCCAAAGACAAAAAAUUAUAAACGUGAAGUCUUUGAAAUGACUUAUUUAUUUAUUUUAUUUAUUUUUUGUCCUGCAAUGUUUUUUUAAUGUAUUUUUCUGCUCAUACUACUACUUGGUAUAUAUUUGGCUUCCAAAUUAUUUUACAUGAUCCGCUGCAGUAAUGAUUGUAGCACUCUUUGAUUUAUUUUGGACACCCAUUUAAAAAUGUAGGUCGUCUGACGGUACUACCAGUUGAGAUCCAUAGGUCUUACUAAACCUGCCCCAGAUGCCUGUGUCUACCAAUCAGGAUGUUGUAUGAUGCGCUACACCACAGCAGGGCAGCUCUGGAACAUCAUUGCUCCAAGAGAGUUCAUUGACUUCUCCAGCACCACAGAGUAUCAGGAUGGACUCCUGUCUUGUGGUGUGAGCAUCGAAUAUGGCGAGGCGGGGCAGAGCUGUGUCCGCGGGUUCAAUCACCCAUGUGGCUGGUUCUGUGUUCCACAGAAAGACAAUCCAGACCACAGCCUCCUGACGGGCUACAUACAGACUGAUCUCCGGGGGAUGCUGCCACAGUCUGCAGUGGACUCUGCCAUGGCCAGCACUCUGACUCAUUUCUAUACAGACUUAAGGAAGGCUUUGAAAAUAUAGUUUGUAAUGUUCUACACUCUUUAAAGGAGCAUAACCCAUGGCAAUGCAAAACAGCUCAGGGUAGGUCAUACAAACCUAGUAGAUGUUUUUCAGUGUUUGAUAUACUGGUUUAUGGAUAUCAUGUCAUGUGUGCAUGUAUCCUGUUUGAUAGAAGCCUUUGGUUUAGACAGGUUUCUAGUAAGAUUUUAAUUGAUGAUUGUAAUUGAAAAUUGAAAUGUGAUCCAUAUAUUCUUUCUGUGAAGAUAAGUCAGCAUGAAGACAUAAUAUACAUCUAUCGAUCUAUCUAUCUAUCUAUCUAUAUGUAAGUUCCAUCAGACAACGCCUCCUGGGUCGAGGCCAAAGUCUGGAGAAAGAUUUCCACGUCUGCCAUUUACAAAGUUCAGCACUUCUUGAUUAGUCAUCAGAAUGUAUGACGUUGUUCUAAUACUGCAGAUAGAGGAUAAGUGAUGGUUCAAAGUAUACAUUUUUUCUAGAUGUUGCAUAUAGAACAGGAACCAGUCAUACUAAUCUCAUACAUAGUCACUGUGGGUAGGGACCAUGGUUUUUACUGUUGUAGAUUCUUAGACAUUCUCAUAUAAGGACAUUAUAUAUAUAUAUAUAUAUA